AUGGACACCGUAUUUGCUCCCGGAACACUUGCCAACGGACGAUUCCGAGUGAUGGAUAUGUUCCAUGCUAAAGAGACGCAGGUCUACAAUAUCUCACCAAUAAGACAUCCUGUCGAUAGGAACUUCGAAAGAGACCAAUUCGACGAACCUGUGUUGCACCCCCUUCCAAAUCCAGAAGUGCCAGUUGCUGACGACUUAGUUCCAGAUGUGCCAGUUGGAGUCGUGCCUGCUGAAAAUGUGGAGGUUCCAGCUCUUCCACUUGCCGCAGCUCCGGUCCUGGUAAUUCAAGAUGCACCAGAAAUCCACGAACAUGCUGCUGAAGCUUUGGUGCUCAAUGGUAAUGAAGAACCAGAUGAUGAAGGAGUAAACGCAGCUGCUCCCAAUGAGAACCAAAAUCCAAUGGAUCCACCAGUUGUAAGGGAUGCCAGAAAUGAGCCAAAGAAGAAGAAGCAUCAACCGCAGCCACAUCCAGUCGAACAACAUUUUGAAGCAGACGCAUUUGACGAGCCUGAGUUUGUUGCUCAUCCAGAUCCAGCAGUUCCAAUUGCUGAUCUGCCAGGUCCAGAUGUACCGAUUGAAGACGCUCCGCUUGGUGAUGAGCCGGUUGAAGAUGUACUGGUUAGAAAUAUGGAGGUUGCACAUCUUCCACUUGCCGCUGUUUUGGAUCCUGUCAUUCAAGAUGCCAAUCAACAAGCUCUUGCGCCUGCCGAAGUCAUGGAAAUCGAAGAUAGUGGAGAACAAAAUAAUGGAGAGAUUACCGAAGCUGUUGUACCCAAUGAGAUGCAAAACCCACUGGUUGCACCAGAUGAUUGUGAUGCCAAAAGCUUGCGUGGGAAUAAGAACAAGACAAAACAGGAUCGAAAACGGAAAAAUGAUGGAAAGAAGAAUAGUCCAAAAAGAAGAAUGACAUCCAGGAAAGAGCAGUCUACCCCCAAUUCUGAACCAUCCACCUCCAAUACUCACGUUUCACAAGUGAACAACACAACUGCCGAGACCCCGCGUCUGGAACUUGUAGAUUUGAAGAAUGCGAUUGUUGACAAAGUUUCGCAAAUGGCCCCGAAGACAAAAUCUUUGGCAAGACUCCCUCAGGAUCUGCAAGACGAAUUGUCCAACAUCAAAACUUUUAACGAACUCUAUGAAAAAGUUCAUAAAUUUUUCCUAGAGUUACUAAAGGUGAACAGAGGGAGGAAAACUGAAGAGAUUUACGCCAAAGUGACGAGAAAACUGCGGAAUCUUGGAUUAUGCUGCGGAAAACUUCAAGAAUACAAAGCCACCACGAUGAGUUGUGAAGGAGGAAAUUGCGAUGGUAUAAAAGCAAAUGAAUCCUAUUACGGUUACAAAGAGGAGGACGGUGAAGAGUACUGUUAUUGCGUCACAUGUUUUGAUGCCGAUUGCAUGGCAGCUACGUACCUGACGCUGUCCGAGGAGAAAGAAGUUCACAAAAAUCGAUUUGAAGAAUGUUGUAAUGUAUCAAUUGCGGAGCCCCUCAUCGAAUGCAAUGCUUGUCGCAAUUUUACUCAUGAACCAUGCAAAGCGCUACAGGAGGAUUCUAUAAUGUGCAAAUGCAACGUAAAACCAAUUUUCGAUUUUGACAAGUUGCCGACCAACAUGCUGACCAACUUUGUGGAAGAAGCAUUGAGCCAAUUGAAUUUCAUCAAAUUGUUGAAGGUUAGAAUUGUCAGAAAUGUGACAGCACUGGCACCAAUUGGAAAAAAAAUGAAAUCGUUCUUGGAAAAAUCGAAACUCCCGUUGCCACAACAAGUCCAAUGCAAGGAGCGCAAAAUUGUGGUAUACCAACAACAAGGAUCGGUCUUUGUAAAUUUUCUUUCUUUCUCUGUCAAAGAGUACGAGUCAGGCUGGAUAGUGCUUUACUAUCUUGACUCUGUGCAGCAUCUGGAGUUGGAUGACCCCAAGAAGAGAAGUGCCGUCUAUCGAAAAGUUCUGAAUGCUUAUUUGAGUUAUGCCGAAAAUUGUGGCUAUCAGAUGGCUCAUGUUUGGGCGGAUGCACCAAAAAAAGGAGUUGAAUUCUUUUUCAAUGAGCGCCCAGAAAACCAACACUGGUGCACACAAGAACAGCUUGAAGGAUUCUACAAGAAGAUGUUGGAAGAAGGAAAUCGAUUCUAUCGAAUCGAAUACAAUUUCAAAAAGGCAAAAAGUUUUUCAAAACUAUAUGAAGUUCUGCAGUUUUCCGACUUUUUUAUGGACUGUAUGGAGGAGUAUAUUGGGUCGAUGGACGGAAAAAAAGUGACGUUCAAGGAGUUUAAAAGUCAUCUGGUGAAGAAAGCGGAAGAUAGGGAUGGUGCUCUUUUCUAUAUCAAUUUGUGUGCGGAUCCAUUCAAUGGAGAAAUCAAUAUUACCGAUGUGGAUGAAGAGAUCAAAUGCGAUUUAGCCGUCUCUAAGGAAGACUGGAUCAAUUUCCAGUUUCAGAAUAAGCUAUCGUUUGAUACUCGUCGGAACGCGCAGUUUGCGACAAUCAAAACAAUUGAAGCUCUCAAUAACACAAUUGAGCUAAUUGAAGAUACUGCCGAAUGA